AUGUCGUCAAUCUCUCCUGUGUCUUCCCUAGACACGCGCGAGGCAGAGCAGAACGGCCUAAGUGAAACCGAGAAGAAUUUUCCCAGCACCGAAUUAGGUCGACUUCAUGCGCUCGAGCAGCUAGAGAUCUUACCCCAAAUUCUCCAGGAGGGUAUUAUCUUCACCGGUUCCGGGGCAGCCCUUCUUCUUCAAGCGGCUUUGCCCAGCAUUCGCGAAGCAGAGCCCCCUGGCAGCCAUGAAAAGCUAGCAAGCGAGCUCCUAGACACCCUAGAAACACAAAUCAGCUACAUAUCAUGCUUGGUGUUUGGUACACGAACCGAGCGUCAGGCUCUAAUCCAGCUAUUACAAAAUGGAAAGACACCAUUGCUAGGCGGCCACGUCAACCGGUUCACCAACCACCCCGACCUACAGCUAUGGAUAGCAGCGACCCUAUAUUCCACCUCGACCGAUGUCUACCAACGCGUCUAUGGCCGCGUCGACUACAAGAGCGCGCAGCGCGCAUAUAGCGAAUUCUCUCUGCUGAUGAACUGCUUGGGUUUAAAACCCAACACUUGGCCUUCCUCGCGACAGGAGUUUUGGAACUAUUGGGAUGACCAGGUUAGCAAGUUGACGGUCUCUCAUGACGCAAUACACUUUGCCAAAGACCUUCGCGAAAGUACCGACAUGCCGCAAUGGGUGCAGACCCUAAAGCCUCUUCUACGCGCGGUGACUAUCGAGCUGUUGCCUCCCCGCCUACGAGAUGCCUACGAGCUUCAAUCUACUGCGACGACGCGCGCACUUUAUCGAACCUGGAUAGGCUUUUCGGUGGCUUUAUAUCCGGCCAUGCCCAGAAAGUGGCGCUCCUACCCGCUGAACUUCUACCAAGAUCACCUCAAGGAAAAGCUGGCGGCUUAA